UCUAUUGUGGUUUGGUGGAGUCGGUCUUUUCGAUUAGAUUUACCUAACCCUAAAAAACAAAAGGGUUUCUUCAGUAGAGGAGCGAGUUUGUUUCGCCCUGGUUCAAGAACUCUACAACUUUGGUCUGAUCGAGGGUUUGCCUAGAUUUUUUAAGUGCUGAGGGCCAUUAACGAGAGUCCUGUGACAAAAGAGCCAGAGGAAGAAGUUCUAGGGUUUGUUGUGUUGCAUUCUGGAGUCUAUAAAUCAACUUAUAUCAUGAAAGGAGGUCGGAAGAAUCUGAAGAGAGCAUCCACAGAAGAAAUUCCAACCCUGCUCAAAGGCCAAAGCAUAAUGCAAGUUGUAUCUCUCCGUGGUUCAAAUCUCAUUGAGGUAAUGGAUGCAGCUGGGCAGAAAUCAUUGGCAUUGUUUCCAGCCAAAUUUCAAAAGAGUAUGUGGAUUAGACGAGGGAGCUUUGUUGUGGUGGAUGAAAGUGCAAAGCAGAAGGCCCUUGAAUCAGGCAGCAAGGUUGCAUGCAUGGUUGUGCAAGUUCUCUUUUAUGAGCAAAUUUGUGCACUACAGAAAUCUACAGAGUGGCCAGAAAUUUUCAGAGCAGCAGGCACAGAUGCAGAUGCUUCAAAUGGCUAUAUGCAAACACCCACCUCCAAUCCUGGGGAGGAACUGAAUUCAAGUGAUAGUGAAGGUCUUGCACCACUGGAGGGUAAUUUGAACAGAACCAGACCCAUUGAGUUGUAUUCUGAUUCAGAAUCAAAUUCAGAUGAAGAGUCUUAAACCAUAUAAAUGGUCUAUGAAGUUUGGACCACCUCUGUCAUGGGAAUUGCAAUCCUUUAUAAUGGAAACUGUGAGGAGAAUUGGGUUUUUUUCUUCCACCAGAUGAUCAUCAUAUUAUAAAGCAGAAGGUUUUCCUAA